UCUUGUUCUCACCUUCAAAAUUAAGAAAAGUUCAAAAGUCCAUUACAUCCAGGGUUGAUCGCUUUCAAGGGAAAACACCUGGUUAAGAUUAGAAGUGGUUCUCAUUUUUUUCCUCGCGCUUGCUUGAUCUUGCUGUUGGGUGCGUGCUUAUGGAAUGCGGUAAAUUUUGUCUCUCUAGGUGUAAAGGGGUUUUACCGGAAAAAGAGACUAAGUAAAGACGGAUACCCUUGUUCCUGAAACCGGAGAAACAAAACCCCGAUUGCUUUAUACUCCAUCAGUUUCUUAUCAACCUGCACAGUUUUCGCGUGAAUGCGCAACCAAUAUCGUUACAUGAUUUUGCUCAUUCUUUAACACCUUACAUACCUAUCUUGUUGUAAACAGUUCGUCUGUCUUAAAUGGAUGUUUCUCAUCGAAGUCGUGUUUUGUGCGGAUAGGCCACAAGGGUGGAAAUUCUGAAUAAAUUUGCCCGAUUAAGUAGUGAACGAACGUCACAUUUACGUCAUUAAAGCGGAAAAAAGCCUAGCCAAGUGCCUGGUUUUCGAGAGGUAAAUGUCUGAGGCUGUUUUAGAAAUAAUGAAUAAAAACCUCAUUUCACUUCAUUUUCCUGCACGUUUACUUCGCCAUAAGGUCAUAUGUUUUGCAUUAUUGGUGUGUGAAUAGCACCUACAUUACUUUGAUGCCUUCUCAUCGGCUUUAAACUAUGCAGGGAAGUUUAUAUUUAUUUGUAAAUCUAUCGUCUGGAGUCUCAUUAUUUUGUGUCUCGGAUUACGAUGUUAUCCUUGCGGCCUGUUUUAAUUCCCUCUGGGGUUAUAAAUCGUUUCAAAGCCAUUCAGCGUUUUUCCCCGUCCUCGUAUUACUCACCCACGCUAAAAAUACAGAGAUGACAGGCGGAGAUUAGACUGGAUGACCCUAUAAAUACAGGUCGCGUAAUUUCAUCACAGAUAGUUAAGGACAUCACCGAGUAAAGACAAGAGUGAUCAGAAGAGAGAGAAUUCUAAGAGAGUUUGGUUCUUAUCAAUCGUGGCCUCUUUAUUUGGUUUAAUUACGCCCACAAAGAUGAAGGCAAAAAUCAAGAAGCAAGGUGAAAAGUGGCAAAAUUCGGUUGACACGUUGCCGCUUCCACGGAACGUUUUCAACGUGGUUGUCCUCGGUGCGGGAGGCGUAGGAAAAACGUCGCUUGUUACGCGUUUCGUCAAGAAUGAAUUUUCAGAUCGCUACAAUCCAACAGUGGAAGAUUUGUACGAGAGGCCCAUUGAGUUGAGAAAAGGUGUCAGCGCAGUUUUGCAAGUGCUAGACACGGCGGGUUCUUAUCAAUUUCCUGCCAUGAAAAGACUGACACUUCAGUACGGAGAAGCGUUCAUUAUUGUGUAUUCAGUUGUCGAUCCUGCUUCACUUGACGAGGCAGUGAAACUGCAGCAAGAAAUCUACGAGGCCAAAGGCACAGAAGAUGUACCCAUGGUGUUUGUUGGUAACAAGUGCGAUCUGACCUCAGGAACAGACAAGCGGCUUGUGAGUCAUGCCAUCGCGUCUACGCUCACUCGCGGAAAAAACUGUAUUUUGGCGGAAACUUCGGCUAAGUACAACGUGAACGUUAGCGGUGUCUUCACUGCCUUAUUGGCGCAAGUUGCACUAGCCAAUAGUCAAAGUAUAUCGAACGAGAGACCAAGGAAGAAGAGAAGUGUAGUUUCCUGAUUUGACUGAAUGCGAGGAAACGGAAUUUCAGUUAGGAACUUGUGGUUUGGUAUAUGGACUAAAGGCUCAAUACAUAAAAUUAGAUAUCCGUCUCCGCUCAUGACAUGACAUUUUCGUGUUGAACUUGACAUAUUAUUGCAAAGAGUUGCUCCAAUGUUGCGCAACGCCUUAAGGGCAUAGCAAAUGUCCACUUUUCCAUGGUCAUGUGCGCCCUUUCCACGGUUAUGCGCGCAAUUUGCUUAGAAUCUCGUGCUCAGAAUUUAACUUAUUUAAAAUGCUAUGAACUUAUUUGUAAAUAGACAUGAAGAAAUGAAUCAAGAAUGAGGAAAAAAGACAAAAUAUUCUUUAAACGACAUCCUUAAAACAUUAUACCAAUAAAGAAAGAUAGUGUCAUAAAAUUUUAUCACGUGGCAGUUUUCGGUGUCACGCGCUGCUGAGUAAGUAAGUAAGUAAGUUAUUCAUGGCUCGUGAUAUGGUCUGAUAUUACUUGACAAGUCAGCGUAUUUGCAGUUAUGAACAUUACAGAUUUCCUAAAGCAUGUAACUCCUUGAAAAUACUUAGUCAUGUAGAGGAUCUGUGUUACUUCAAUUAAAUGCCUUGUAAAUAGCUGUAAAAAUGAAAAUUACUUGUACAGAUUAAUUUAAGUGAUACAACAUUGUAAUUAUAAAGAUCUCACCAAAAAAAUAAAUUA